UUCUUUUUUCUCUCUUUUGGAAACGAAGGAGAGAAAGAAAAAAAGUUUUUUUUGUCCUCAUGAAAGAUGAUUUUGGAAUAGCCAAUUUUCCCUCAAAAGCCUAAAGGCAAAAAUCUCUUUUUUUUCAACAAUUUCCCAAACAUCUUUAAUUAAAAUUUCUAUUACCAAAACAUAAAUUUUGGUCAUAGGAAUUUGAAAUUUUUUUAACGUUAAUUCUUCUUCCUAAUUUUUCUUCGAAAAGCCUUUUCCCGAAAAAAAGUAACUUAUUAUUACUCGUUGAAAAUGGCGAGCGGGGUAUUCUGUGGUGUUGUUCCUUUCAUUUUCCGCAGGAAACCUUCUUUGUUAAAGGAAGAAGACACACGUAAAACUAGGAGAUUACAUACUAGAGUAAUAAAGAAAUUACCUUCCAUGUUGGUACCAAGAAGAUCAAAAACAAACAAAGGUUCCAAAUCGCGCAAUGCAUGUGGAGUGAAAGCACCAAAAAGUCCCAGAUUGCAAAGUUCAAAUGUGGUGAAAGCACCAAAAAGUCCCAGAAUGCAUAGUUCAAAUGGGGUGAAAGCAAUUACAAGAAGUCCAACUUUUCAAAAUUCAUGUGGGGUGGCUAGUAACUUCAGAAUAAUGACAGGUAUAAGAAACAAGAUCAUCACAUUGAGACACUUGCUUGAUCUUUCUCCUUGUGAUGGCUCUGAAUCUGCAAAUGAGCUGUUGAUAUCAACUCUGAGAGAUCUACAUAAACUGUUCCCUUCGAUCAAUCCGAAUUUUUCGUUGUCAAAAAUAGAUGGGACAUCAAUACAUGAGAAAGUGAGAUGCUUUUGUGAUAUAUUGAAAUCAAUUGGGGAAAUGUGGACAGGAAAUGAUGAGUGGAUGAUUACAUGUAAAGAGAAUUCACAUAGUAAACUAAAUGAUUUUGAAUAUGUGUUGGCAUUGCUCGACGACAUUAUCAAGUUAGCUAGUGAAAGGGUGUCAGAGAUGACGGAUGAGGAUGAGGAAGAACAUGAGCAUGAGGAUGAGGUUGAGCAUGAGCAUGAACAUGAGGACGAGACUGAGGACGAGGAUGAUCAGACGAGAGAAACAAGUCCUUCACCUGACGCAUUUGAGAAGAAUUUUUCGGAGAUUUACUCGAGCAACAAUUCCUCCCUUUCGAGCUCUCCAACUUCAGUCCUCCCUGAGAUAAUAACCAAUUCCUCAAAGAAGAAUGGAAAGGCUUCUAUCACUUCCCCUCUUCUCCUAUCACUCAAGGUUCAAGCUGUUGGAAACCAGAACCCGAUUGAGGUAAGACGUCUCUCGUUCCACAUGAUCCCCAAUGCAAAUCAAGAUUCAGGCUAUUCAGUUCAGCUAGGAAGCGGCGUCGAUGAAAAAGGGUCAAAUACAGAAGCAAAUCAAGAUUGUGAAUUAAUGGACUUACCGGAGAUUCUACUGAAUAGCCUGGAGAAAGCAUCGGAAAAUGGUGGAAUAUUCUGGACCGGUGCAUCAAAUGGUCAAGCAGUCCCAGCUCGCGUUACAUUUGAUGUGCUCUUACCUCCAUCUUCAAUUUCUAGGUUGCAAUCAAAUGUAACAGAACAAUCAUCAGUACCACCUUCUCCAAACAUUUUAUCACCAAAAAUCAUAGAAUCGCAAGUACCAACAUCACCUCAGCCAGAACCUCAACCAGAUUCCUCGUGUGAGAACGAGGAGCCAGGACCAGCAUCACCACCAGCCCAUGUUACAUCAGGAAACACAGUAACACCUCCACCUCCACCUCCACCACCUCCAAUUACAUCAAAAAAUAGAGCAGUGCCUUGUCCUCCCCCGCCACCUCCCAGGAAAUCAGAAAAUGUACAUUCACCUCCACCUCCGCCUCCACCUCCAUGUUUUCCUCACAAAGGACUAAAGGGUAUGGUAACCCCACAUCCACUUCCACCAAAGGCAUCAAAUAGAGCAACGCCACCACCCCCUCCACCGACGCCAAUGGGAAAGGUAGCUGCACCUCCACCACCACCAAUGCCAAUGGGAAAGAGAGCUGCAAAUCCACCAUCGCCAAGAUCAGCACCACCUCCACCCAUGCAAACGAAAAAGGGAGGCGCACCUCCACCACCACCACCAACUUUCGCAGGUGCCAAAAAUCCACGACUGAAGAAAGCAGCCACUAAACUGAAAAGAUCAUCCCAAAUGGGAAAUCUUUAUCGAUCUCUUAAGGGGAAAGUUGAAGGAUCUAGUUUAGAUGGUAAACAAAAGGGAGGCAAGGGAAGAUUUAAUGCCUCAAAAGGAGGUAAACCAGGAAUGGCUGAUGCAUUGGCUGAGAUGACAAAGAGGUCAGCAUAUUUCCAACAAAUUGAAGAGGAUGUUAAAAAUCAUGCAAAACUAAUCACGGAGAUGAAGAAGGCCAUUGCUUCUUUCAAUACAUCAGAUAUGUCUGAGCUCAUUACAUUCCACAAUUAUGUCGAAUCCCACCUUGAGAAACUAACUGACGAAUCUCAGGUCCUAGCAAGAUUUGAGGACUUUCCUUGUAAGAAGUUGGAAGCGUUGAGGACGGCAGCAACUCUCUAUUCCAAAUUAGAUUCAAUAGUCUCUACUUUACAGAAUUGGCAACCGGCCUCGCCUGUUGGCCAACAUCUUGCCAGAGCUGAGAGGUACUUCAACAAGAUAAAAGGAGAUGUGGACACUCUAGAAAGGACUAAAGAUGAAGAAUCCAAGAAACUAAAAACACAUAAAAUUCAGUUUGAUUUCGGCGCCCUUGUACGUAUCAAAGAAUUGAUGGUGGAUGUUUCCUCAAACUGUAUGGAACUUGCACUGAAGGAAAAGAGAGAAGCAAUGGCGGGGGGAAAAGAAGGAGCCGGACCAACAAAUGAAGGGAGCAAAAAAGAAUCAGCCACACAGCUUUGGAAGGCAUUCCAAUUUGCAUUCAGAGUCUAUACUUUUGCAGGUGGACAAGAUGAGAGAGCAGAAAAGUUAACGAAAGAAUUGGCUGAAGUAAUCGAGACAGACCUUCAUCAUUAGAUGUAUACUAGGUGGUGCCCAUUUUUUUCCCAAACGAAAAAAAAAGGAAACAAAGAAAGUCACUAUAUAGGCUGCAAUCGAGCAAUCAGCAUGUUGAUGCUAUUCCUGGCAAGCGCCUUGUACAUGCUUCAUAAGCUACAAUGUUCAUGCUUAUACCAGGAGAGAAUUGCUAGAUGAAAUACUGUUAUUUGUAUUAGACUGAGGGGAGAAAUUGAGCUAAACUCUAGCUUUAAUUUACCCUACCACUGUUCAUACAUACAAUAUAUAUCACACCUUAGUGACUGAUUUUGUA